AGGGGCACCGAGAGGGGAGGAGUAGAGGCCCUGCUCAGUGCAGGCAGCUGGGUCCUGCUGCUGGGUCCUGCUGCUGUGUCCUGCUGCUGCGUCCUGCGUCCUGCCCGCUCCCUCAGCUCGGCCGGGCCUGGGAGGGGCGCCUGCCGCCUGCCGCUGCCUCCCCCGCCCGCCUUCGCCAUGCGCCCUUCUCAGCCUGUGGAAUGCGCGCGGCCCUGGGCCGGUCCCCAGAGCGCCUGGCCGGGGACGCAUGGAGCUUGCUGAGCCUGGCGGCCCCCCCGAGUUGACCACCGGCCCCGGCUCUGCCCCGUCCCGAGAGCGCGGUGCCCGGCCUGGCCCCCGGAGGCCCAUGCGAGCCGACGGCAUGCGGCUCAGGGACCUGUCCCUUCGCCAAGACCCGGACCUGCGGCAGGAGCUGGCCUCGCUGGCCCGGGGCUGUGACUUUGUGCUGCCCUCCCGCUUCAAGAAGAGGUUGAAGGCCUUCCAGCAGGUCCAGGCACGCAAGGCGGAGCCGCUGCCCCCGGCCACCAGCCACAGCAUCCCAGCCUUCUACUUCCCCAGAGGGCGCCCCAAGGACACGGUGGACGUGGACGCCGUCAUCACCAGCAUCGAGCGCACCUUCACCCAGUUCCCUCAUGAGAGGGCCACCCUGGAGGACAUGGGCAGGGUGGCCAAGGCCUGCGGCUGCCCACUGUACUGGAAGGGGCCUCUCUUCUAUGGAGCCGGCGGGGAGCGCACAGGCUCAGUGUCCGUCCACAAGUUCGUGGCCAUGUGGAGAAAGAUCCUCCAAAACUGCCACGAUGAAGCCGCCAAAUUCGUCCACCUGCUUAUGAACCCCGGCUGCAACUACCUGGUGCAGGAAGACUUCGUCCCCUUCCUGCAGGACGUGGUGAACACGCACCCUGGCCUGUCCUUCCUGAAGGAGGCGUCCGAGUUCCACUCCCGCUACAUCACCACGGUCAUCCAGAGGAUAUUCUACACCGUCAACAGGUCCUGGACUGGGAGGAUCACCUGCACGGAGCUCCGGAGGAGCACCUUCCUGCAGAACGUGGCCCUGCUGGAGGAGGAGGCGGACAUCAACCAGCUGACGGAGUACUUCUCCUACGAGCACUUCUACGUCAUCUACUGCAAGUUUUGGGAGCUGGACACAGACCACGACCUCCUCAUCGACGCGCAGGACCUGGCCCGACACAAUGACCACGCCAUUUCCACCAAGAUGAUUGACAGGAUCUUCUCGGGCGCCGUGACGAGAGGUAGAAAAGUCCAGAAGGAAGGAAAGAUCAGCUACGCUGACUUUGUCUGGUUUCUGAUCUCUGAGGAAGACAAAAAGACCCCAACAAGCAUCGAGUACUGGUUCCGGUGCAUGGACCUGGACGGGGACGGGGCGCUGUCCAUGUUCGAGCUGGAGUACUUCUACGAGGAGCAGUGCCGCAGGCUGGACAGCAUGGCCAUCGAGGCCCUGCCCUUCGAGGACUGCCUGUGCCAGAUGCUAGACCUGGUCAAGCCGCAGAGCGAAGGCAAGAUCACCCUGCGCGACCUCAAGCACUGUAAGCUGGCCAGCGUCUUCUUCGACACCUUCUUCAACAUCGAGAAGUACCUGGGCCACGAGCAGAAAGAGCAGGCGUCCCUGCUGCGGGAGAGCGAGAGCGAGGGCCCCGAGCUGUCCGACUGGGAGAAGUACGCCGCGGAGGAGUACGACAUCCUGGUGGCCGAGGAGGCCGCGGGGGAGCCCUGGGACGACGGGUACGAGGGGGAGCUCAGCCCUGUGGACCAGAAGCUGAGCGCGCUGCGGUCCCCGCUGGCCCAGAGGCCCUUCUUCGAGGUGCCCACCCCGCUGGGCGACGUUGACCUGUACGAGUACGCGUGUGGCGACGACGACCUGCAGCCCUUGUGAGGCCCUCGCGGCCGUCCCCGGCGGCCGGGUUGGCUAACUGUCCUGUCGUGGACACCGAGUGCGUUUGUACGGAGUGAUGAUGUUUAUUUAUUCACCGCGGAGGUCGUCAAGGGUUGUUGACGGCGCACGCACGUCCCCACCGCCCGAGGGACUGACACUCGUCCAAGAACUCCAGGCCGCCGGCGCGGACGCUUGCCAGGGUCAGCCGCGGGGCGCCCGGGUGCGCACCCUGGACGGCGCCCCUUCCCCGCGCGCCCUGACGCCGCCUGCGCGCUGAGCGCCCCUCCCCCAGCGUGUGGGUCGCGAACAUUCCGCGCGCACCGCGGGUGCGGUCACGCGCGCACACGGGCGUGCAAAGACGACUUCAUCUGCUGUGCAGCGCAGCUUACCAUGUGGUACGCGGCCACGUUUGUAUUUUUGAAUAAAGAGUUUAAGGAUUUUCA